AUGGGCUCACUCAGUGCAGCAAAUGCACAGUUCUGCUUUGAUGUCUUUAAAGAAAUGAGUUAUGACCACACGAUUGAGAAUCUCUUCUUUUCUCCUGUGGCUCUCCUGUCUGCCCUGGCUGUAGUGCUUUUUGGGGCUAGAGGUGACAGUGCAUCUCAGAUGGAAAAGUGCGCACAAGAUACACAUUCACACAUUCAAGCAUUCCUCUCUGAAAUCAACAAGUCCAGCAACAGUCAUGUUCACAUGGCAAGUGGAAUUUUUGCAGAAGAAGCCUAUCCAUUUCUCCCGUCUCAGAGCAAAACUGUGCAGAUGAUGUGGCUGCAAGGCCACUUUAGACUGGGCACCAUUAAGGAGCCUCCCAUCCAGGUCCUUGAGAUGCCUGACUCAGAGGAUCACCUGAGUAUGGUCAUUGUCCUCCCCAGCAAGGACUUCAGCCUGGGACAGAUUAUCAAGGAAAUCACUUAUGAGGAACUAAAAAACUGGAUAGAUCCAGCCAUCAUGAAAGACACAGCUGUGGAUCUGUACCUGCCUCAGCUCAGACUUGAUGAGUGUCAUGAAGAUCUAACUUCCAUAUUGUCAGCUUUGGGGAUGGCUGAUGUCUUUGACCACUCAAGGGCUGACUUGUCUGGCGUAACCACAGGAGGACGCCUUGUGGUCUCCAAGAUAAUCCAGAAGGCCAUGGUAGAGGUUACUGAGGAUGGUUCAGAGUCAGCACCUACCAACCACACAAGCGAAGUUGAAAAUCCUGAAAUCUUCAAGGUGGAUCAUCCCUUUCUCUUCUUUAUCCUACACCAGAAAACCAAGAUGAUUCUUUUCUAUGGCAGAGUCUCCACCCCUUAA